AUGACGGAGCCAGAAGGCGACAACAUUCCCAAUGUUGAUAAGACAGUUUACAUACAGCAAGAUGAUCAAACUCUGAUAUCUGACACAGAUGAUGGUGAUGACCUGCAUGUCUGUCGCAAGUGUAACAAAAUAUUUAAGAGCUUGGAAGAAUAUCUAGAACAUAAAGUCAAAUAUGAGAAUUACCGCAUUUCUCAAACCCGGUCAAAAUUGGAUCGUAGGAUGGUUCUGCCACAGCUGGUACAGAAACAGAAGAGAAAAGACAAAAAGGAAAAGGUGGAGGUUUCAGAGAAGAAUGAAGUUCAGAUUAUUGCACAACAAGAAGGAAUAGACUCCGCUAAGUCUGCUGCUUUUGUCAUUAUUGGCUGUGAUCUGUCGUUAGAUAAGUCUCCAGUUAAACUAGAAGGUGUUACAGAAGUGAAACAAGAGAAUGCAUUGGAUGAGCAGUUGCCAAAGAAACGAGGGCGAAAAAAGAAGUCAGUUGUCUUAGAGGCGCCAACAGUUAAGGAUGUUGUGGAGGUCCUGUACCCCUGUACACAGUGUGACAAGAAGUUCAGAAGGGAAGCGACUCUGCGCUGGCACAUAAAAUAUGAGCAUCGGGAUGACAAAGAAAACGGAGAAGACUCAGAGGGUGAAUAUUUAGAAGAGGUAUCGGCAGAAAAUGAUGGAGACUUCAAAAUAGACAUAAAAGGAGAGGAGGGGGAAACUAUUCACUUUACCUUGGAUGAUGGUAAGAACCCUCAAGAAAUACAUGUCAUCAUCGAACAACCUGGCGAUGUCAGCAAGCUGCAUGGAGCUGAAGAGCAAGACGGAGGUGUUUCUAAUCUGCCUUGUAAACAGUCUGCAGUCAGACCGAGGGAGUUGGACCGGCCAUUUCCUUGUGAGAUAUGUGGCAGAUGCUUCAAGGAGAUUACUGUUUUGAAAGCACAUGGUGUUGUCCAUUCCAAUGAAAGAAAAUAUGUGUGUACAGCUGACAACUGUCCGUAUGGCUUUAAGACAAAGGGUGGUCUUGUGAGGCACAUGCGGCGGCACACAGGUGAGCGUCCCUUCACCUGUGAGAGUUGUGGCAGAGCUUUCUCUGAGUCUGGAGCUCUAUCACGUCAUAUGAAAUCCAGGCGCAAUUGUGCUCAAACCCCUGAUUCUGCCUAUCCUCGAUACAUGAAAAACUGGACAUACCAUCCAAACAUCCCAGCAGUUAUUGACCCAUCACAGCGAGAUGUCUUUCAAGGGCGAAGCACUCUGCAGCACCCUGUGAACCUAACCGAGGCUGAGGAAACGGGAGGAGAAAUUCAUUAUCUGAUUACAGGCAGCACUGAGGGCAGUGUUGUGACUGCUGAAAUUAUCACACGCCAUGCAAGUGUUGUUGAAGCUGUGACCACCAGAGGGCCAGACCUGGAGAUUGUUACAACUGUUACUGCUCAGCAGGGCUUCAGUGAGCAUACACACAUUCCUGACUCCACACAGGAACAUGGUGUUGCACUUGAGUCACCACAAGAUGUGGAUUCGUUAGACUCGAAACAUAAUGUUGAAGCUCAGUCCCUCAGGCCAACUCAGUGUCGUGUGUGCAGAAAGGACUUGAAAACAAUAGAGGGUUUAGAAAUUCACCUGAGAAGCCACUUGGCAGAUCAGCCCGCUCGUUGUGUUUUGUGUCACUUCCUGUCCCACGACAGAGAGGAGCUGCGACAGCAUAAUUUGUCUAUGCACAGCGAUUCCUUAAAUGAUAUUGAAGCCAGUGUGUUAGCCAUGGAAGAGGAAGAAGGGGGAUUAAAAGGUGAAUCUUUUCAAGACAAAAAAGCUGCUACCAGGGAUGCACUUAUAGCUGUCAGAGAGUUAUACAAUCUGAAAAAACAGAAUACAUCUGUGAAGGAGGAGAAGUCUUGUCCCACAGCCAGUGGGACUCCACAGUGUAUGGUAUGCAGCCGUUAUUUCAGAGGCAACGGUUAUCUUCUACAGCAUAUGCGUACACAUAUAGGUGAUCGACCUUAUCAGUGCAGCAUCUGCAGCCGCAGCUUCACUUCACGUGACAUUCUGAAGAAACAUAUGUUCGUUCACAAAGAACAGCGUGACUUUAAAUGUGGGGAAUGUGGGAAACUGUUCAAGCGCCUGGCGCAUGUACAACAGCAUUUUCGCAUCCACUCACAGGAACGGACGUAUCGAUGUUCCGUGUGUGAUAAACCAUUCAAAACUCAGAACUCACUGACGGUUCACAUGCGGACUCAUUCUGGGGUGAAUCCGUACAGAUGCCAUGUGUGCAACAAACACUUCAGAGAGCGGGGUUCAUUGCAGAGACACAUGAGACUUCACACGGGAGAGAAGCCCUACAAAUGUCCACUGUGUAAAAGGGCUUUUGCUGAACAUGGAACUUUAUCCAGGCAUCUCAAGGCUAAAGUGCCAUGCUCUACCAACCACAUCAGUGCGGACAUGGACCACAGCCUGUGUAGCAGCUCCACCAUGCUGACCCAGUUCUCCACAGUGGUAGCCAACACACAACAGUACAUCCAGGCAGCAGACACCAGCACACAGUAUAUCCAACAGGUUGGGGACAGUCAACAGUUGAUGUUACCAUCAGUGCAGGAGGUUAAUGAAGGGUAUGUGGUUUUGGACACUACAGAUAAACAUUCAGAGGGCAUGAUUGAAAAUGUGGAGGUCAUCACUGAGGAGGAACUACCACAGACAGAAAGGCCUGAUUAUUAUGAUGGUCAGGAGACUGAAACCCUUCAAAUUGUGGACUCAGACACUGGAGAGUCGGUGAUCAUCAUGGCAGACAAAUCCAUUGUGGAUUUAAUCCGAGAACAGCAGCUUCUGUUUGAGUCAGGAGAGACAGGAAGUAGCUUGCAGAAGAUCAAAGACAUCCUGCAUGCAGCUGGAAAUGUGACCUCUGUUUUUAAAGACGAUUUCUCGGUUGAACUUGAAUCACAGGAAGUUGAUAGUGGUGCUGAACAGCAAGAAACAGUUAUAGAAAUGCUCGAUGCUGAAAUGCCAGAACAAGACAGUAACACUAGUCAGAGACAAACAGGCUGCACUACUUCUACUGCUGCUGCUCAGUAG